GGGAUGGGAGCACUCGGUCGCCUUCUCCCGUCUGCGCGCGCACUUGCAAGUGUAGGCGAGCGACAAGGCAUGGCUCUCCACUUCGUCCUCAACACCGGCGCCAAGAUCCCGUCCGUCGGGCUCGGCACCUGGCAGUCCGAGCCCGGCGUCGUCGGCGACGCCGUCUACGCCGCCGUCAAGGCCGGUUAUCGGCACAUCGACUGUGCUCAAGUCUACGGCAACGAGAAAGAGAUCGGAUUCGCUCUCAAGAAGGUGUUCGACGAGGGCGUAACCACUCGGAAAGAUCUUUUCAUCACCUCCAAACUAUGGUGCACUAACCACGCGCCGGAGGACGUCCCGGUGGCGCUGGACGGCACGCUCCAGGACCUGCAGACCGACUACGUGGAUCUAUACCUCGUGCACUGGCCGAUCCGGAUGAAGAAAGGCGCCGGCUUCAACCCGGAGAACGUCAUCCCGGCAGACAUACCGGCGACGUGGGCGGCGAUGGAGAGCCUCUACGACUCCGGCAAGGCCCGCGCCAUCGGCGUCAGCAACUUCUCGUGCAAGAAGGUGGAGGAGCUGCUCGCCGUCGCGCGCGUGACGCCGGCGGCCAACCAGGUGGAGUGCCACCCCGUCUGGCAGCAGGCCAAGCUCCGGGACCUCUGUGCGUCCAAAGGGAUACACUUCUCCGCCUACUCGCCGCUGGGCUCGCCGGGGACGUUCAAAGCGUUCAGCGUGCUGGAGCACCCGGUGGUGGUGUCGACGGCGGAGAAGCUGGGCAAGACGCCGGCGCAGGUGGCGCUGCGGUGGGGGGUCCAGGCGGGGCACAGCGUGCUCCCCAAGAGCACCAACGAGGAGAGGAUCAGGGCCAACAUCGACGUCUACGACUGGUCCAUUCCCGGCGACCUCUUCGCCGGCUUCUCUGAGAUCGAGCAGGCGAAGCUGAUCCGAGGGAAGUUCUGGACUCACCCGGAAGGCGUGUUCAAAUCCGAAGAGGAGAUCUGGGAUGGUGAAAUAUAGUCUCAACAGCCACUGUUCCUUGCGCGGAGGGCGGCUUGUUUUCGUAUGCCGGAGGAGGCUGCCAACUCAACUGCCAUGGCAACGGAAUAACGCGGUAGUAAACUACUCUGUUGCUAUGGACGUUGUAAAAUACAAAUAGCUUUGUCCUCCUCUGUUGUUUAUGCUUUUAUUCAUUAUAUUAGUCAAAAAUUCAAAGUUAUGGGAAAA